CGGACGCUAAGCAUUUUCGUCAUUUCUCACCUGCGGCAGCUUUCUUCAAACACGCGACUUGCAAACUUCAUCAUCCCCUUCAAAUCUUGCUCCGCCCUCCCUUGGCUUGGUUCCUGAGCAUCCAGCCAGUGCUCGAGAUCUAUUCUUCCUCUUUUCCUCCCGCCGUUGCAGUGUUCAGUCCAAUAUUGACCUGCAACAGAGAUCCUGAACCGCUCCCCAUCGACUGGUGCACUGGCUCCAUCCGCCUUUUUCCCCGCCCAGAUUCUCUCUCUACCCAUCCAUCGGUCCCCAGCGCUACGACUCAGAAUUCUCCUGGCAGUCUGUCGUUGUGCAUGACUGUUGUCGACAAUCGAUCCUUCACUAGACUUCCGUGACCACCUAUAAAUCAUGGGUCAGACCUUAUCAGAGCCGGUAGUAGAGAAGACUUCUUCGGAAGGCGAAGAUGAAUGUGUCCUGUACGGCGUGUCCGCCAUGCAGGGCUGGAGAAUCAGCAUGGAAGACGCACACGCGGCAGUCCUAGAUCUGCAGGCCAAGUAUGUGGAUAGCGAUGGCAAGCCUACCGAUCCGAGCAAACGGCUCUCCUUCUUCGGUGUAUAUGACGGGCAUGGAGGAGACAAGGUAGCUCUAUUCGCAGGAGAGAAUGUCCACAAGAUCGUCGCAAAACAAGACGCAUUCGCAAAGGGCGACAUUGAGCAGGCCCUCAAGGAUGGUUUCCUGGCUACGGAUCGCGCUAUCUUGGAAGACCCGAAAUACGAAGAAGAAGUCUCUGGCUGCACAGCGUCGGUUGGUGUCAUCUCUCGCGACAAGAUCUGGGUGGCCAACGCUGGUGAUUCACGAUCUGUUCUUGGUGUCAAAGGCCGCGCGAAGCCUCUGUCCUUUGACCAUAAACCCCAGAACGAAGGCGAGAAAGCGCGUAUCAGCGCCGCAGGCGGUUUCGUCGACUUUGGACGGGUCAACGGCAACCUGGCUCUGUCCCGCGCCAUUGGAGACUUCGAAUUCAAGAAGAGCCCCGAGUUGUCUCCCGAACAGCAGAUUGUCACUGCCUAUCCUGACGUGACCGUCCACGAGGUCACUGAUGACGAUGAGUUCCUCGUCAUCGCCUGUGAUGGUAUCUGGGACUGCCAGUCUUCUCAGGCCGUGGUCGAAUUCGUUCGCAGAGGAAUUGCAGCUAAGCAGGAGUUGCACCGGAUCUGUGAGAACAUGAUGGACAACUGCCUGGCUUCCAACAGCGAGACCGGCGGGGUUGGUUGUGACAACAUGACCAUGAUUGUCAUUGGGCUUCUCCAUGGCAAGACCAAGGAGGAGUGGUAUAACACGAUUGCAGAGCGGGUAGCCAAAGGCGACGGGCCUUGUGCUCCACCCGAGUACGCUGAGUUCCGCGGCCCUGGCGUCCGGCAUCAGUUUGACGAGAGCCCCGAUGACUAUGAACUGGAGCAGGACAAUCGUGCGCGCGGCUUCAGCGUCCGCUCGGGUCGGAUCAUCCUUCUCGGUGACGGCACAGAAGUCAUGACGGAUCAGAAUGAGGAGGAUCUCUUUGACCAUGCGGAUGAAGACAAGGAUCUGGAGAACCAAGUCAAGAGAGGCACUGAAGACUCGACUAGAAAUGAUCGCGAAGGCACUCCUGGACCGCAAGUGGAUCGUGACGCUUCUCCCCAGACCGGGGAUGCUCCCAAGAUCUCCGAAUCGCCCUCGUCCGCCACGGAGACGGAGAAGUCAGCCGCUGCGGAGACGAAGGAGUCUUCCUAGUUCGAGAUUCACUGCUUCUCUGGGACACCGCAUUUGUGAUCCUAUGAUUUAUUGAUUCCACGACGCUAUCCCCCCGCCCUCCACUUGAGCCUUUGUCGGUCCCCGCUUGUCCCCUUUUCUUUCCCCCUUCUUCUUUUCCUUUCUCGAUUU